UAACAAUAUGGGUAUAGAUCGAUUGAGAAAGCAAGUCAACCCCCGUAGUCAUCGCCAAUGCUCAGACUAAUCAUUGAAGGUGGCAAUGGCUUGUAUUAAGAAUCUUUGAGGUGAAAACGAGCUUAGAGCUUGAGUGAGGGCGGCAGAAAUGGCAGAAGUGGUGGUGAAUUUGCUGGUAGAGAAUUUGACCCAGCUUCUAAAAGAGAACAUCAAGCUCAUCUCCGGCGUCAAGGACGAAGUCGAGAAUCUUCUAGAUGACUUGGACGACUUCAAGGCCUUCCUGAAAGAAGCCGGAAAGUCCCGGUACGAAAACGACAUCCUCAAGCGCCUCAUCUACAGGAUCCGCAACGUGGUCACCAAGGCCGAGGAUCUCAUCGACAAAUAUGUGGUGGCCGCCAAAUCCCACUACGACAAGAAAGUGACCCGCUUUCUGGACGUCGAAUACCCGAUUCGUAAACGGGAACUCGCCGAAGAGAUUCAGAAAGUUCGGGUUAGCGUCAACGACAUCCGACAGGAUCCGGAUUAUGCCCGUAAUGCUCUCCGAGAGGAAGCGUUACCCAACAUAGGAGCCAGGCAGAAUCAGGUUCCUAAUGUGGAGGAAGAGCAUGUGGUGGGGUUUGAUGGCGAGGCUGAUGCUAUAAUCCAACGUCUGGUUGAUGGAUUACAAGGGUUUGAAGUUAUCUCGAUUGUGGGUAUGCCAGGACUUGGGAAAACCACUUUGGCCAACAAGGUGUUCAAGGAUGAAAGAGUUGAAUAUUACUUCAUGAAUCGUGCCUGGAUUUAUGUUUCUGGAGUGUACAAAAGAAGGGAUGUUUUUGUAAGAAUCUUGAAGGAGCUAACCAAGCAGUCCAGCAGCUAUGGUGAUGACAUGAGUGAUGGAGAUUUAGCAUUGAAAAUAAAAGAGUUUUUGGGGUCUGCAAAAUAUUUGAUUGUCCUAGAUGACGUUUGGAAAGUAGAACACUGGAAUGAGCUCAAGAUUGCAUUCCCACCCAACAAAGGGAGUAGGGUAUUGGUUUCUACGCGGUACAAUGAUGUGGCUACCGAAGCUGAUUCUAAGGGCGACCCUCAUAAACUGAAGUUUUUGAACGAGGAAGAAAGCUGGGAACUACUUCAGAAGAAGGCCUUCAGGAUGGGAGGCUGUCCUGAUGAGUUACAAAGGCCCGGGAAACUGAUUGCUGAAAAAUGCAAAGGACUACCAUUGGCAAUAGUGAUAAUUGCGGGUACUCUUGGAGUUAAAAAAACAAGUGCAGAAUGGGACAAGGUAGCUAACAGCAUGAAUGACUUCCUGAGAAUGAAACUAGAGAGUUACAAGAACCUAAUACAAAUGAGUUAUGACCAAUUGCCUUAUGACCUGAAGAGUUGCUUCCUAUAUUUCGGGGCUUUUUCUCAAGCAUAUGAGAUCCCGGCUGGAAAACUCAUUAGGUUGUGGAUAGCGGAGGGGUUUAUUGAUGAAGAGGCACAGUCUUUAACCUUGGAGGACAUAGCUCAUGAAAAAUUGAGUGACCUUGUGAACAAGAAUUUGGUGAUGGCAAUGCAACGGAAGUCAAAUGGACAAAUAAAAACCUGUCGCAUUCAUGACAUGUUGCACGAGUUCUGCAAGAGUGAGGCCAAAGAGGAGAAUCUAUUUGAAGAAAUCAACAUGAGGAGGAAACUGGAUAAAAGUCGCCGCCUUAGUGUCAGGUGCAAUGUCUCGGAGAUCCUCUAUUCAGGUCUUUCUGCUGACCAUGUCCGCUCUUUGCUAUGCUUCUCCUCAAAUAAAUAUGAUCUGCCCACAGACAAAAUUUCAAUCAUUCGGGAAGCAUUUCCACUGCUAAGGGUGCUACACACUGCACCAGAUGAAUCCAUCAUUUUCACCCGAUUUCCUAAAGAUAUGACUAAGUUGUUCCAUUUAAGGUACAUUGCAAUAUCAACUAACCUCAAGGUCCUUCCUCAAGCCAUUGAAGACCUGUGGAACAUGCAAACUCUUAUUGUUAGGACAACCCAAAGCACCCUUCAAAUAAAAGGAGACAUAUGGAAAAUGACACGAUUGAGGCACUUUCAAACAAAUUCAUCUGCUCAAUUGUCUCCACCUUCUCCCUCGAAAGAUCCUUUUGCAAAUAGGAACUUGCAAACACUAUCAAGGAUUUCACCUGAAAGCUGUACGGCAGCUGCACUGGCCAAAGCUCCAAAUUUGAAUAACUUGGGUAUACAGGGAAAUUUGGCUAAGCUUUUCGAAACCAAGGAUGCUGGGUCUAGUUUGUUCAAAAACCUUGGAGAAUUAAAGUUGUUGGAGAAAUUGAAGCUGUUGAAUCAUGGUGGGGAGUUGCAACGCCUCCCUCAGAAGUAUGAAUUUCCACAAAAGAUUAGGAAGCUAACCUUGUCCGGUACCCAGCUCAAAUGGAGCGAAUUAUCUGUAUUGGGAUCAUUGGAGUACCUAGAAAUUCUCAAACUGGUCGAAAAUGCAUUCAAAGGAGAUAAGUGGGAGCCAUUUGAAGGUGGCUUUCCUUGUCUCCAAUUUUUGAGAAUUGAGAGAACAGAUUUGAAGACAUGGAAGGCUUCUAGUCUCCACUUCCCAUUACUAAAGAGUCUCAUUCUUAGACAAUGCCUUAAACUGGAGGAAGUCCCACCUAGCCUGGCAGACAUAGACAAUCUUCAGGAGAUGGAGCUGAACCGUACCAACCCAAGUGCUGCACAGUCGGCCUGGAACAUUUUACAGAUAAAACAGGGGAAAGAGAAGGAACUAAAGGAGAAAAGAGGAAGCCUCCGGAGAUUCAAGCUCAAUAUCUAUCCUCCUGAUGAGCUCAAACAGAUACAGCAAAUUCAAAAAUGCCAUGGUGUUAUCUAGACGAUCUUUUUGAGUUGUGCAGGUGAACCGUAUUGGUAUUGUUCUGUGUCUAAGCGUGGGUUUGUGAAGGGCAUGAAGUGAGGAUAUUUGUAUGCAGAUGAGAUGGUAGCAUUCUGGUGUGGUCUACCCAAUCAUUGUUUUGUUUUGGCAAAAUUCUUUGUGCUUUGUUUGGUGUGGUGAGAGCUUAUGUUUUUGGAAAUUCAAUUUGUUAUUUGUGGUGGUAGUUAUUCAUUGGGGAUUUGAAACACAUAUUUGAACUAUGGUCAAGAUGCUUGCACUUCUGUUAUUUCCACUUGUUUGUGUAUUUUUGGAUCUUCAUUUCAUUUCCUUUCCUUGGGUUGCCUUUA